GUGGAUUCGCUGUUGUCUGAGAUCAUCGAGCACCCCAAAGCGGCUUGUAAACUUCACAUAAGGGUUUCAGACUACAACUUACGAGUGUGAUAGAGUGUAUAUCUAGGACCCUUGCUUUCUUUUCGCUCUGUUAUUCAACAAGAGAUUAUAAGAUCAGAGCCAGCUGCAUGAGGUUGUAUCAUCAUGGCCCUAGCUGUGAUUAGCUUGAAAUGGGUACAUCGUGAGAUUCAUGGAAAACCACCAUCACCAAGACAAGGGCACAGCGCCUGUGUCAUUGGUAGUGUGGCUUAUAUUUUCGGAGGUAUCAGAUCAGUUGAUUGGCCUAAAAAAGGAACAUAUUUUUUCAGAGAUCUAUUUCAGCUACACUUAUACAAGCGAAUGCAAUGGGAGAAGGUUAAGCAAAAAGGAGAAAUCCCUAAAGGAAGAUAUGGGCACCACAUGUGCGUGAUUGGUCAUAAAAUCUACCUGUUUGGUGGAAAGCACGAACUACACGCUGAUAAAUGCCUCCCCGGUCUUCAUGUGUACGAUACAGAAAAGAAAGAAUGGUCCCAGCCCCAGACGAGCGGUACCGAGCCUGAAGCUCAUGGUAGCACAUCAUCGGUGGUUGGGACGAGGAUCUACGUGUAUGGCGGGUUGGUGGACGGACAGGCGGUCGAUGAUCUGCACUGCUUUGACUCAGAGAACCAAUGGUGGGUUAAACUCACUGUACAAGGGGUGCCUCCAUCGCCAAGAUGUGAUUCUGCAAGCACAGCUGUAGGACAUGAGAUGUUCAUAUUUGGAGGAACUGCUGGAACAGAUAAAUGGUUUAACGAUAUUCAUGUCUUUGACGCAAAGAAGCUUCUUUGGAAAGAAUUGAAUAAAACAGAUGGAGAGCCGCCAACACCACGGGGGAAUCAUUGCUUCCUAGCUCACGUUGACAAGGAUAUUUAUGUCUUUGGUGGAUCGAAUGAUUCUAAUUCGUCUCACCCAACACUUGGUGAUUUAUACAAGUUUAGCCUGGACAAGCGUAAGUGGAAGCGACCAUUCUAUGGAGGAUGCCCGCCCGCCAAGAGAUCGGGACAUGCAGCUAUCAUUCAUAGAAGCAAACUGAUCAUUAUCGGAGGAAGUAAUGAAGAUACUGAUUUCAAUGACGUACACGUUGCUAAACUCAUCAACCCGUCGAAAAGACAACCAUUGAAAGUGCCUGCUGGCGACAUGCACGACUUCCUGGACACCAUCAACAAUGCUGACCCUCGACCCACGGUCGUCGACGGCGAGGACGCAGAGGCGCACUUCCAUGAGAAGGAGGAAGAGGCGGAGGAGGAUCCUGCACCAGACCUCAAGGAAACGGAAGGGUCACGUGAGGGUCACGUGAAUCAAGAAGGACCCGGAUCUAAACAAGAGGACAGUGUGGCUGGGUCCGAUCCAGAUAUGAAAGGGGGUCCAGGAAAAUCUGUGCACUUUGAGGACGAAGAAUCUGAAAAGCAAGAUGGAGCUUCAUUAUCUUCUUCAGCGGGUUCGCUAUCAUCGUCGGCAGGAUCAUUGUCAUCAGCAUCGUCGUCAUCAUCGGGCUCAUCAGAGGGGUCGACAUCGUCAGAUAGCAAAGGAAACACCAACAACAGCAAUAGCAACAACUCGGCUCUGGGUGUCAGGACCAGAAGACAGCAGGAUGGCAUCCGAAGGGACACUGUCAAAGAGGUUGAGGAAAAGGGUUCAGAUGGAGGAUUGGAAGAUUCCGUCGGGAGGCAGGUAGAUGAUGAUGAGGAGGAGGACGAUGGGAAGGCAGACGUUGCAUCCGGGAGCAGUAGCCAGCAAGGAACGCAGGAUAAUCAAGCUGAUGAUUCAACCUCACCCAUUCAGCCCGGUAAGGAAAAGCUUGCUCCCAUCAGUAAAGCAGAAACCAAGAUGUCCGGUGCGAAACAGGGUAAGAAGGCUGGCGCAAAGAAGCAGAAGAAGAAACCCAAGCAAGAGACAAGUAACGGAACGUCCGUGUAUGAAACUCAGCUUCCUCCUGCGGGAUACAGACCUUACCCGCCCAUGGAAAUCCCCAUGCAGAAUUGGCAAAGAGCCCCAGAGGAGGCAGCGUGGCAUCAAUAUCCCGAGGACUGGAGAACCCAGAAUCAGCUUCAUUCUCCCGCACACCAACCACAGGAGCGACCGGAGUCGGAGGAAGAGAGUGAGAGUGAAAGCGGAAGUGACAGUGAAAGUGAGGAAAGUGAAGAUAGUGAUGAUGGUGGUGACGAUGGCGGCAGUCAGACCGAGAAUCCUGAAGUUCGUAAUAUGAAUGGGUACGAUGAUUCACUUUCCUCCGGGAGACAAGGCGAAGAUACCAAGGAAGAAGACGAGAGUGAGGAUGGGGAUGAUGGCAGUGAUGAGGAUAGUGAUGAGGAAGAGGGGGAGGACGACGACGAAGAGGAAGAAGAAGGAGACGAGGAUGAAUCGGGCAGUGGUACCGGAAGUGAUAGUGAGUCCGGAAGUGGCUCUGAAGACGAAAGUGAAUCCGAAGAAGACUGAAACACGUACACCCAGGAAAGCAUUUCAGUAACAUUUCUCGUCUGAUAAGUUGUUAGAUUCGAAAACUUUCCUUGAUUUCGAUUGACUAAGUAGCGCAAGUGUCCGAAUGUUACAUGGUAACUGUCGGAUGAAACGUCCAAAAGGUCAUUUCAUGAGACGUUCCCCCGGGAGAGAGUUUCCGAUCAAAUUGGCUGAGAAGCACAUUUGUCUUUGGUAACUAUCGGAUAAAAAGGAUUUUCACCAAACGCCACCCUGAAGAUAAUAGCGAGCUUUCGCACCGGCUACGCAGACUUGUUUUGGAACGUAGAGAAUAUAUAUUUUCUCAAUGUCCUUCAUGGAUAUUAAGCCUUUCAUUGUCGAGGGUCGGUGAAUUGAAACAGCGAUUUUGUCGGUGACUCUGGAAAAACGACAUUUCGAUUUUUCACCAACUCUGAAAUGUUGACGAAACUGCUGUCCCGAAUCACCGACCUUCGACAAAGACUUUGUGAUUUGACCUGCCUUUCUAAUGGAUUUACUGCCUUAAUUGUAGGAUUCAUUCCGCGUCACUGAGAGAAAAUUCGCUAAUGUUUACUUUUAACCCUUCUGUGACAAUGCUCCAUUAAUAGGUCUGGAGAUCAUACAUUUACAGGGGGUCGAUUCAUAAAGCUGAACGACUGGUGAUCCUUCCUUGUGGUAAAUGAUAUUCGACUUUAAACAUUCAUUGGUGAUUAUUUAGCGCGUA